CGGACAACAUCUUCGUUGCUUGCCACUGGGAAGGGCUCCACUCAUAGCUCGACGGUUGCGACAGUGUGCUGUUUGUAUCGAACUGGAAGAAGCUUUGCUGAAGUUUCAUCCACCAUCGGAAAAUAAUCAUCAUCACAGGACGCGCAGGAAGCUGCGUGGGAGGACAUCGUCUGCCGAGAUAUCUGGAGCACCUGGUCGAGGUUUUCAUGAACUUCUGUUGCGGUCACGGCAUGCCAGCAGGCACAGCAGGCACUCAGCUGAAGUAGCCGGUUGUCAAGGCUUCCGGUUGUCGUUGAAGCACACCAAUUGGGUUCCCGAUACAAGUCUCAGGAAAAAAUGAGAAGCAAUCAUCAUGCAUCUGCAUGCGCGAGGUCCCAUCUACAACAUGCUUUACAGAUCAAUCUGGGGGCGGGUUCAGGGAUGAGCACUGUGAGAACGCCAGGAACGGUCAGAUCAUCUGGAUCAUCUUCUCCUUUCUACCGGAUCGUGCGGUGGUGGUCCCCCAUUUCUCCACCCCUCAAGGCGUGACACCAUCUCCCUAUCCGCCGUCUAGAAUCCUUCCUGCCUUGUCAAGACUCUGCGGGAUCAAACCCGUGCAUCGCGCUCCUGCCUUCGCGGGAACGCAAAAACUCUUGCUCAGCGCCGAGCUCGCGGUCCCCUAGACCCCGCCUCUCGCCGCACCCGUACGGUCUCUUCGCAAAUCGGAAGCGAGUAUGGCGCCGGCGAUAUAUACUGAUGGGCUCUCCGGCCCUCCGUUUUAUGUUAUCACAACGCGCUCGACAGCCCGCAAUUCCGUCACGCCUCUCUCCCUUCCCCUUCCAUGAGUGCUGAGUCGUCCAAGUCGAACCCGCCGCUGCAGGCACUCUUGCCCAUCAAUUUCCUCAUCAUCGGUGGAGGCAUCGCAGGGCUUGCUUGUGCAUUAGCCCUUCGACGCGUCGGCCACCGUGUCACUGUCCUGGAACGGACGGAUAAAGUCACCGCACGUGGAGAUGGCGGUGUACGAUUGCCACCGAACCUCACCAAGAUUCUGUUCCAUUGGGGCCUCAAGGAUAUCUUGAUGAAAAAGGCAUCAAUCACGAAACGGCUGAUUUUUAUGCGAUAUGAGACGGGGGAGAGGCUUGGUGAGCAUGUGUGGGACGAGGAGAUGCUCAAAGAAACACGAGGAGUUUUCAUGAUGCUUACGCAUUCCGAACUCUACGACAUUCUAUAUGAUGCUGCAACUGGGCUCGGGGCGCAGGUCCGGUACAAUGCAAACGCGGUAGAGCUUGACCCUGCAGAGGAGCUCGUGAGGCUCGACACGGGCGAGGAGCUGUCCGCGGAUGUAUUAAUAGGGGCAGAUGGCGGAUUUGGCGUCUGCAGGGCUGCGAUCCUCGGGAAUGGAGUACGCGGAAAAGGAACAGGGCUCGCGGUCUACGACACCAUUGUUCCGAGCUCUUCUCUCCCGGAGUAUGCGGAAGAAAUCCGUGAAUGGCACGGACAAUUCGUAGCGUUCGGCAACCGCCAUGCGAUUGUCGCAUACCCGAUACAUGGAAUAGAAGAUAUUGCAUUUCAAUUUUACGCGCCCGAUAACGAACACGAGGGCAAAUACGGUAGUAAUCCAACGGUGGAUGUUCUAUCGGUCGUAGAUGGUAUUAGCCCCCAACUCGCAGUGGUCGCCAAGGUUGCUCGGAAAGCUGUGCGCGUCUCGAUCCAGGAACAUCCGGAUCUGGAGGACUGGGUUCACCCACACGGGCGGUUGGUUAUCAUUGGCGAAGCCGCGCACCCCUUUCCUCCUUCCACGAUCCAAGGCACGGCGAUGGCAAUCGAAGAUGGUGCGGUGCUCGCGAAGCUCUUCUCGCACCUUUCGGAAGAGCGGCAGAUUGAGAGCUUCCUGUACGCGUUCCAGGAGCUGCGCCAGGAGCGCGCCGAUACUGUUCGCCACGGCGAGUUUGCGAGUGUCAUGUACAUGACCGCCGACGGCGAGCUGGCGACAACGCGGGACGAGAACAUGCGCCGGAAGGCCGCCGCGGGGAGGAACGUGCUCGAUGGCGAGGGGGACUGCGACGCGGCGAGCAAGUGGGAGGAGUAUCGCGUCAUCUUUGGAUACGACUGCGAGGACGAGGCGGACGACUGGUGGGUGCAGUGGGGGAUGCUUCGCGAGCGCGCCCUCGAUCGCGAGUCGAUACAUGCGUCGAGCGUUCCGUCAUUACUCGAUCUCUAUCCGAUGAUGUCGUCUGUGCAAGUUACCUCCACGGAUGGCGAAUAGGACGACGGCCGGGCGUGCGAUUGACUGCGAUAAGCCGGACUGAUUUCCCCUUGCACCUCAUCGAACUCUUUAAUCGUACUACCUGCUUUCGAUAUCCUACAAUCGCUUUCUUGCUAUCAUCUACUCGUAC